GAUCUAAACCAAACAGAACCACCUGACCUCCACGCUGUGCCAGCAAAACCACCAGAACAUCCCUGGCCCCCGUCUGUGGGGCACUGCCCACUCAUCACAAACAACCCCAGCUCAAAGAGGGUCUCCGACCUGCUGCUACACAGAACGUACCAGUACCCAGAGGAGGGGGCAACAGCAAGUCCUCACCAGAGCGUCGCAGGAAAAACCCUUUUCAACGAGGAAUCUGAGGACUCCUACUAUGUCACCAUGUUCCACCCGGGCUCGGUGUAUGUGGACAUGUCAGACAUAGUUCCACCAGAAGUUAGACCCAAACCAGCUGUUCCAGCCAAACCCCCAAAUGUGGGCAUCCCCUCUCCUUCCAGCUCCUUCCCGCCUCAAGCUCCAGGUUUCGGAGGAGGCGGAACCUCCGCUCCCCUUCCAAGUGCCAUUCCUGUUCCCAUUGGAGGCCACGGUCUGAACCACGGCGGCAGUCAUGUUUUAGGUCACCCUGCCGCCCACGGGGGAGGUCACCCCGCCCCCCACGGUGGAGUUCAUGGCCACGGAGGCUCCCAGAGCUCGGGUGGAGGAUCCACCCUGCUGGGAUACAUUGGCAUCGACACCAUCAUCGAACAGAUGAGGAAGAAAACCAUGAAGACGGGCUUCGAUUUCAAUAUCAUGGUUGUUGGCCACAGCGGCCUCGGAAAGUCCACGCUGGUGAACACCUUAUUCAAAUCCCAGGUUAGCAGGAAGAGUGCAGGAUGGGCUCGGGAUGAGAAGAUCCCCAAAACUGUGGACAUCAAAUCAGUCUCUCAUGUGAUUGAGGAGGGUGGCGUGAAGAUGAAGCUGACCAUCGUGGACACUCCAGGCUUUGGAGAUCAGAUCAACAAUGACAACUGCUGGGAGCCCAUCUCCAAGUACAUCAAUGAGCAGUAUGAGAAGUUCCUGAAAGAGGAGGUCAACAUCACCCGAAAGAAGCGCAUCCCCGACACCAGAGUGCACUGCUGCCUCUACUUUAUUUCCCCCACUGGACACUCGCUUCGGCAGCUGGACGUGGAGUUCAUGAAGCGCCUGAGUCACUCGGUCAACAUCAUUCCUGUUAUUGCCAAGUCGGACACGAUGACUGUCGAGGAGAAGCAGGAGUUCAAACAGCGAGUCAGAAAGGAGCUGGAGAUGAACGGCAUUGAGUUUUACCCGCAGAAAGAGUUUGACGACGAUAUGGAGGACAAGAGCGACAACGACAAGAUCAGAGAGGCCAUGCCCUUCGCCGUGGUGGGCAGCGAUAAGGAAUACCAAGUGAACGGAAAACGAGUUCUGGGGAGGAAGACGGCCUGGGGGAUCGUAGAGGUUGAAAAUCCAAACCACUGUGAGUUUGCUCAACUGAGAGACUUCCUGAUCAGGUCCCACCUCCAGGAUCUGAAGGAAGUCACCCAUAACAUUCACUACGAAACGUACCGUGCCAGGAGACUGAACGAGAACGGAGGCCUCCACCCCAUCUGUGACACCCAAGACAGCAACCUGUAGUCCACCCGGUGGAGCGAGCAGCUCAGCCAUCCAAGGAGCUCACAGAAGCAUAAACGUCGCCCCGGCGUUGCUGCAUGUGUGGAACAACCUUCAUCUGUGACGUCAUUUAAUGUUCCCCCUCUUCACGUUCCUCCCCCUUUGACCUUCAUCUCACAUAUCAGAUCUUUAUAGUUUUCUGAAAGCAAGAGUUAGUGCCAUUUGAUCCACUGCCAGCACCUUAUCUUGUGGAGCAGGUUAGUGCGAGCCUAGAACCUAAAACAUUCAGUUUAGGACUCGAGGAAGCAUCAUUUUGUUAAAUUCAUCUGAAAUGUUGCAUAACAAAAGUGAAGCAGUUCUGCUGCAGACUCUGCUUUCAUUAGCAGACUAUAAGAUUCUAAGCAGCUGUCCUUCGCUUUACGGGGAGCAAAGCCAAACGAGUGUUUGAGUCUCAGCAUGAACUCCCUCAAACGCAGCAGAAUCUCUCACGGCCCCAUAAAUGCAGGGAAGGUUUGUUCAUAACGCUCCACUACUUUAAUUAUAGGAGGAAACAAGUGUCUACUUUCACCCAAACCUCCAUUAUUUGAUGAUAACAUUUAGAAGAUCACAAAAUUAGAAGUCACACUUGAAUUAUUUUAGAUUAAUCACAAUUUUUGUCUUUAACUUGUUUAAAAAAAAAACUAAAAAGUUAGGGAGUAAAGAGACAGAAAAAACACCCAAAGUCUUCAGAUCUUUAAAAGUCAAAUGAACCUGGUGGGUUUUUAUUUAGUUAUAAUCAAAUCCCCCUUAUCACCACUUGGUGGCAGCAUUCCUCAGUGUUGAGUGGUCUUGACAUUUUCUCAUUGGCCACAACCACAGCAGCUUAAAGUCCCAUCAUCUGUGUGGAAUUUGUUCUCCCCGUUUGACCUAUCAAUCUGGGAAAGCGGUGAGCUGCAGACACCCCCCAAUCCAACCCCGUCAUGCUGAGCGUCAAGCAGGGAGGCACUGGGUCCCGUUGUUAGAGUCGGCCUGGAUUUGAACUCGCGACAUUCCAGUCGCAGUGCGGACACUCUUGCACAAGGCCGCUGAGCUUGCAUUGGUGGCGGCUAACAUAUCCUUCUGCGCUAGGUUUACAUGAACCGUCCCGGAGUUAUGCACUUAUAAACACGUUUACCAGAUUUUCUUCAGGAGGUCGACAUUUAUUCCAGGUGAGGAUGGAAAUGCCAAAAGUACAGAAAGAUGAAGAAUCAUCAUUGGAAGAGUUGCUCCUGUUUGCCGUUCUGAUGUGCCUGUGUUGUUUUUGUGCAGACUGGCGUGUGGGGAGAGCGUACCAACGCCUCCUCGCUGUGUCAUGUUUGUGCGUGCAUGCUUGCGUCUGUGCGUUGGCCUAACCUGGGGUAACUGAUGUGCCAGAGGGUAACAUGGUAGCCACCACACAUCGCUCAGCCCUGCAUCCACCCCCCAACCCCCAGGAUGUUCAUUUCAUGACAACUCUUUGCAAGGUUGCUGUGAUCGAUUUGAAGAAUUGCCAGUAUUACACUGAGUUUAUUUGUACAUUGGUGUCAUUGUAAUUUAUUCUUUGUUCAAUUAAAACAGUUGUCCAUGUUUUUAGAA